AAGUCAUCUUCAUUUGUAAAUCAAAUGGACGACGGCGAAGGCUUCGAGUAAAAUGCAGUAGCUCCGGGUGAAUCAGUGAGCUGGCUAAUACCCCCGCAAUUGAGUCGUGCUAAUUGUGCUGAGGUUAUCGAUAGCUUCGUAUCUUUAUGAAUCGAGCUAUUCAAGUGGCGAAAUUAAUUGGCAGAUUAGGGACUAUCGGCGGAUUUGUUUGCAGCUUCGGUGUAAAUUGUACAAGAUAGUGGUAUCUAUGGUCUGAAUGACAUAAAGACAGUGUGUUUACAUAGUGAUAUCAGCGAAGUAUUCCGGAAUAAAUAAUUAAUCACCGUGCGCAGGUGUUGAAUUUGUAAAGCUUUAAAAGAAGUGAUUCUUACAGUGAUCAUAAGUUCUGGAGGAAGUGAACAUGGCCCAAAUUCAGUUUGUUUCGGUGAUAUUCGUACUAGGAUCAUUUCUGACGGGAUCAGUCCAGGCCUAUAUAUCCAUCAGCACGGUCCUACCAAACGCCACAGUAACCUACAGUAACUGCAUGCUCCACGACUUGAAAAACAUGCGGAAUCAAACCUUCGAUCCCAGCGGGUUAAUCAUCACUCACUGCUACAUACCGGAGCUACCGAAUGCCUUCUUUAUCCGCCUCAAAAAUUUGACUCUUCUAGAAAUUGUUGAAAGUAAGCUGCUGACUAUUGGUGAUUUCGCUCUGAAUGGAAUGCCCGGCCUGAAGUCACUCAGCUUGAUCAAGAACAAUAUCUCAGAGGUGAAAUCCUGGAGUGCGGACGACAUGAAGAAUCUGACGAAUCUGGACCUGCGUCGGAAUCAAAUAAAAGCAAUAGGAACAAAGGACUUUAGACGAUUCCCUAAUUUACAAAAGUUGAACUUGGCUGUCAACUUCAUUACCGACUUAGAACCAAGUCUGUUCAGUUAUAUCCCGAAUCUGAAGUAUCUGAACCUGGGCCGAAAUACUAUCAAAAGCGUGAAUGCAUUUGCUUUUCGAGGUCUCUCGAAGUUGACCCAGUUGGCCCUGCAUCAUAAUCAGUUGGAGAACAUUGAUAAGAAUGCGUUUUUGACGAACGCAAAUCUAAGGUCCUUAAGACUGGAGGGUAACCGGCUGGCUGCAAUUGACCCCGUGUUGAUACAGAGCAUACCUCGUUUGGCACACUUGAAUUUGAGCCACAAUUCACUGGAGGAGUUGGAGGACGGAACUUUCAAUAAAAGCGUCGAGUUGAAAGGGUUGGAUUUGAGCCAUAAUAAGUUUGAGAAUAUUACGCUGAAUAUGUUCAGUGGGUUGCAGGUACUUGAGAUGUUAAAUUUCAGCACUAACAGCAUCCACCACAUCCACCCGUUAGCAUUCACCAACCUCAAUCACAUGAUAUACUUCGACUUAUCCCUGAACAACCUGGUGACUCUACCCUCUGGAAUAUUCGAAUACUUCCGUCAAGUGGAAAGCAUGAAUCUCUCUCGAAAUGAAUUAUCCGACAUACACUGGAAUGUCUUCCAACAAAUGGAGGCUCUCCUCAUUCUCGAUUUAUCCUCGAAUAACCUGCAUACGGACAGCUUCCUUCAUCGACUCAUGCCAUCAACUCAGUAUCUGGAUCUAAGCAAUAAUCUAUUCCGGGCUAUGAAUCUGUCAAAGGUGCAUUCAGGACGAAUUAAUUUGAUUGGGAACCCAUGGGAUUGCCAAUGGUUGGUCUCUCAGAUGGCUAAUGCGCCAGAAACUAUCCAGUUCGGCAGUAACUACACAGUGGAUACGAAGGGACAAAUGUUGGAUGUACUGGGGAUCGAUUGCUAUCAGGAUAUGGCUUUGAGGAGUAUUAUUCUGAUGAAGAGCGCAAAGUGUGCUGGAUCGGAGCAUAUGGAUAAUGCGACCAAUACCCCCCAGACUACAAGGCAUCGACUAUUGCAUCUAAGAUUAUCACAUAAUAGUUUUGAUCAGAAAGCCGUCCUUCUAUGGUUAUUUGCCGCAGUUAGCAUCGUUUUCUUGGCUGUACAAGGUGGACGCAAGGUUCUGAAGAGGUCUGAGAUGAAAAGCGAACAAUUACGACAAAUGAAUCAUGAGCGCGUGAUUAAUGAAUUGGAAGGACUUUAUGAAAGACCACAAAGCAAGAACCUGCGAUGAGGUUCCUAAAAUAUUAGCAAGAAUAAAAUUUGAAAGUGUAAAAUAUUUUUAAGAACAUUAAAUUUAUUUAAAUUGUAGAAAUACACAGAAAUUAAUUUUUUGCG